GGAAAUCGAAAUACAUGGGUUCACCGGCUGACACAAGUUACAGCAAGCCUCUCGGAAUCCGAUUCUUGGAAUACAUUAAAAAAACGAAGCUUUCCUAUGAAACUCAUCAAGCCAUCGUCUUGAUCGUAACAUUCUUCGCCUACACCAGCUAUCACGCGACAAGGAAAACCACCAGCAUUGUCAAGAGUGUUCUUGAUCCCCAAUCAUCUGAUCUAGGCUUGAAGUUCUUCCCAUGGAGGAUAACAUACGUUAGUAGCGCACCACAAGUUGUAGGAGAUGGUUGGGCACCAUUUAAUGGAUCCGAUGGGAUGACCUUGCUCGGCCAACUCGAUGUGGCGUUUCUCGCGGUCUAUGCUUUUGGGAUGUUCUUCUCAGGACACAUUGGUGAUAGAACCAACUUGAGGGUCUUUUUGACAGUGGGAAUGGUUGGAACUGGCUUGUUUAGUUCGCUAUUUGGUAUUGGUUACUGGGCUGAAAUCCAUAGCUUUUACUACUUCCUGAUCGUCCAAAUGCUUGCUGGGUUGUUUCAAUCGACUGGAUGGCCUUCGGUUGUGUCGGUUGUUGGUGAAUGGUUUGGGAAGAAGAAGAGAGGGUUGAUCAUGGGGAUAUGGAAUGCUCACACAUCUGUUGGGAUUACUGGUUCUUUGAUUGCUUCAGCAUUGUUGAGCUAUGGAUGGGGUUGGUCCUUUAUUGUGCCUGGUUUGCAAAUGGCAUUCAUCGGCUUACUGGUUUUCCUUUUUCUGCCUGUUAGUCCCGAAUCGGUCGGAGCCGAUAAAAACGAAGAUGAAGUGGAUUCUCUUAGGAAGAACGGGGAGGGAGUAUCCGAGCCUCUCUUGGGCUCGGAUACUGAGCUUAAGGAACAACCUGUAGGGUUCAUUGAUGCAUGGAAAAUCCCUGGGGUUGCUCCUUUUGCUUUCUGUCUCUUCUUUGCCAAAUUGGUCGCUUACACCUUUCUCUAUUGGCUUCCAUACUACAUUAGCCAUACAGCAAUUGAGGGUAACUAUUUAUCCAAUGAGACGGCUGGAAACUUAUCGACAUUUUUCGACGUCGGAGGGGUGCUUGGAGGGAUCUUAGCCGGACACAUUUCGGACCGGCUAGAUGCCAGAGCCAUAACUGCAGCAACUUUCAUGUAUUGCGCCAUCCCUUCUCUGUUUUUCUACCGUAGUUACGGACACAUUUCAUUGGCGAUGAACGUAGCUCUGAUGUUCAUCUGCGGAAUGUUCGUGAACGGACCCUAUGCUCUCAUAACAACAGCCGUAUCAGCAGACCUUGGAACACACAGUUCAUUAAGAGGAAACUCCAAGGCAUUGGCGACUGUGACAGCAAUCAUAGAUGGAACAGGUUCUGUUGGUGCAGCAAUUGGACCAUUGUUAACCGGUUACAUCUCUGCCAAGAGCUGGAAUUCAGUUUUUACUAUGCUCAUGGGGGCUGCAUUAGUUGCAGGGCUGCUGUUGACAAGGCUCGUGGUGGCUGAGGUGACGGCGAGGAUUUCUGAUUCGAGGUCACACGGAGGAUCUCAAGCUCCAGAACUGGAUGUAUGAUGCACAUAAAUUGUGCGUUUUACAUAUUUUUCUUUGCUAUAGUUAUAAGAUGAAGGGGAAAGGGGAAGAUUUUGUAGCCUUCUCCUCCUAGUUUUGAUUACCAUGAAAUUAUUUCUCCUUUGCUCCAUUGGAGAAGACGAAGAUAGAAGAAACAUCAAUCUGUAUGUACAUUUUGUAUGCUACAUUAUAUUGAUUUAAGACAGCAUCAUUCAACAAUGUUGCUUAUUCA